AUGGGGGACAAGAUGAGCCUGGCUGCCAAAAGAAGAAAGUUAUCUCUAAAGAAGUCAGCAAGUUCCAACUCUUUGAACCCACCUGAAAAACCAAAGAAUACAAUCAUUUCCAUGUUUAAACAACAGAAUGAUAAACAGACAAAAGCAGAAAAUGAACAAACAGAAGAGUCAGAAAAUGAAGGGGAUGUAAUGAUAACAAAUGUAAUUGGGCUAAAUACAGGAUCAGCAUCUACAUCAGGAAUUUGUGAUAGAAACAAACAGAACCAGGAAAGAGAUAGUGCAAAAAAGUUUUGUUUGUUUAAGAAAAAGAGGCAAAAAGUGAAGGAUACAAAUGAUAGUGAAAGUGCUGCAGAUUCUGACUUUGACUUAAGAAAACCUCAUAGAAAGAUAAAGGCUAGACAUUGUAAGCUUUCUAAGUCAUUGUCUGUGCAAGACUCAUGUAUACAAGGGAGACCUUACACACUGAGGAAAAGAAAUACUGUGCCAAUUGUAGAGGUUUCUGAUAGUGAGACAGACAAUGAACAGAAAACUGGCAAACAUGUGCAAGUAAAGACUGAUAAUGUUGAAACUAAUGGUAAAGAUACUGAAGAUGUUGCUAUUAAAGAGAAGAGAAGUGCUAAAUGUACCACUAAUGACAUGGUUAAGUCUGAUGUUGAUGCCGUUAAAGAUACUGAAGACAUUGAUAAUAAUGACAAAGGAAGUGCUAAAGGUACCACUAAUGAUGUAAUAGUAUUGCCCACUACUGGGAACAAGGGUGGAUAUUUUGGAAUUACAGAAAAGAGAAAAUUAUCAGAUUCUGCUGAAAAAAUAAAGCUUUCUUUAAAAAGAUCUAAAUCUGGAAAAGAACUGCGAAAAAAAAGUGGAUAUUCCAUUUUAGCGAAAGAAGCUGUAAACCUUUUUUCUGACAAUACUCAAAUUAAAAAUGAUACAAAUGAAGACACUUUAGGUGGCGUUAUCAAUACAGCUAAACAAAAUUUUUCUCGAAAGUCUUAUUCUGAUAAGAAACAAACACUUAAAAAAUCUGAGUUAUUUCACAAAGAAACUGCAAAAGAAGAAUGCAGUAUAAAUUUAGUAGAAGUCCAAGAUUCGAAAAAAACACCAGCCACUAAUGUUGGUUCUGUCUUGAUGCAAAAGCCAUCUGGAAGUAAAGAAAUAAAUGUUAUAGAUAGUGAAAGUACAAGUAACUCUAAAGACAGCAAUUGUAAACAUAUGGAUAAUAAUAAAAACGGUUUGGUUAGGAGCAAGGCAAACACAAAAAAUAAUUCAAAAUCUAAAAGUGGUUUAAAAGACAAAAAGAAAGCGCAAACUGCUGAAAUAGAUAUCAAAGACAAAGGUAAAACAAACCACGAUGAUGAUGAUGAUGACAAUAUUGAUGCUUCUGCAGCAGACAGUGAGAAAACAGAGUACAGAGUGCCAUAUUAUUUAGAAAACUUCAAGACAAUAAUGGAAAGUGUUUUAGAUGAUGAAGAAAAUGCAAGAUUGUUUGAUGAUAUUGACAUGAAAUACAUCACCACCUUUAAUGAACUUGAAGGUAAUUUUUGUAUAGUAUAUUAUUGUGUGUGA